UAAUUAACAGGACGCUAACGUUAAUUCCUGCCGAGAUUCAGCACAUGUCAGUCGUGUUUCAUGCUAAUAACGUUAAUUUACUGCAGUAGCUAAAUUCAUAUCAUUACAUCUGCAGAGAAUCAUCAAUAGUUAUUACUUUACCAACCGCUGAAACAUUUUUAUUGCGUUUGUCGUGACUCGGUAAACCUCAACGGCCGAUUUGAAUUGUAUUUAACCUCUAAAUGUUGCAGAAACGGGAUUGAAUCCGUCUAAUGUGGUUACUUAAAAGUUAAUGGUUGCUAGUGUGUUGUCCGCGUUUUGGACAAUAGAGUAACGUUACCUAAGUUUCUGCCAUCAGCUCAUCUCGACUGAAUCUGCCAUGGAAGACUGGGAGGAAGAUAAGAGUCCUGUGGUAUCCUGCAGCUCCACUUUUGGUCUGAACUCUAGUGGUGGAAGUGGAGGAUUCAAGAGCCGCUUUUCAGAAAGUGCAGGACAUCAAAAUGGAAACAAUGAAGAUGAAGGCAGCUCUUGGAGGAAGCCUGCUGGAGAGGGAUUCAGAGGCAGAGGAGGAAGAGGAGCAUCACGAGGCAGAGGAGGAUUCAGAAAUGCCUUCUCAUCAGAAGCUGAAGACGGAAAUGGCAACCGUGAGGGUUAUAAAGGAGGGGAGGGCCGAGGAAGAAGAGGUCGUGGUGGCUUCCGUGACGGUACUGAUGGUGAUUCUGACAGGAAAGGCUUCGGACGAGGAGGUUUUCGAGGCCGGGAUGAAGAAGUGUUUUCCAAGGUCUCGACAGCAGACAAAGUGGAUAAAGAGAAUAUCAAUGAAAAUGCCGGACCCAAGGUGGUUUAUGUGCCACCACCGCCACCGGAGGAUGAGAACUCCAUCUUUUCCCAGUUUGCCACAGGCAUAAACUUUAACAAGUAUGAUGAUAUAUCUGUGGACGUGAGCGGCAGCAACCCUCCAAAAGCCAUUCUGACUUUUGAGGAAGCAGGACUUUGUGAGUCACUGAACAAGAAUGUUGCAAAGUCUGGAUACGUCAAACCCACUCCUGUCCAGAAGCACGGCAUUCCCAUUGUAUCCGCGGGAAGAGAUCUGAUGGCUUGUGCCCAGACGGGAUCAGGAAAAACGGCGGCUUUCCUGCUGCCCAUCCUUCAGCAGCUCAUGACGGACGGUGUGGCGGCCAGUAAAUUCAGCGAGGUGCAGGAACCCGAGGCCAUUAUUGUGGCUCCAACCAGAGAGCUCAUCAAUCAGAUCUAUAUGGAGGCCAGGAAGUUUGCAUAUGGGACUUGUGUGCGUCCUGUGGUGGUCUAUGGUGGGAUAAACACUGGACACACUAUUCGGGAGGUGUUGAAAGGUUGCAACGUUUUAUGUGGAACUCCCGGAAGAUUGCUUGACAUAAUUGGUCGUGGAAAGGUCGGCUUAAAUAAGGUCCGAUAUUUGGUUCUGGAUGAGGCAGACAGAAUGCUGGACAUGGGCUUUGAGCCAGACAUGCGCAAGUUGGUGGGAUCUCCAGGGAUGCCUUCAAAAGAAGAUCGGCAAACCCUCAUGUUCAGCGCGACCUUCCCUGAAGAUAUUCAAAGGCUGGCAGCUGAGUUUUUGAAGGUGGACUACAUAUUUCUUGCUGUUGGUGUGGUGGGCGGAGCCUGCAGUGAUGUGGAGCAGAGCAUCAUUCAGGUGACCCAGUUCUCCAAGAGAGAACAGCUGCUGGAUCUACUCAAGACCACAGGCAAUGAGCGCACAAUGGUCUUUGUUGAAACCAAAAGAAGUGCUGAUUUCAUAGCAACCUUUCUUUGUCAAGAGAAUGUGGCUACGACAAGCAUCCACGGCGAUCGUGAACAGCGAGAACGUGAGAAAGCUCUCCUUGAUUUCCGCACGGGCCAGUGUCCUGUGCUCGUGGCCACGUCCGUCGCCGCCAGAGGUUUGGACAUUGAACACGUCCAGCACGUGGUGAACUUUGAUUUGCCCAGCAGCAUCGACGAAUAUGUGCAUCGCAUUGGUAGAACCGGGCGCUGUGGAAACAUCGGACGAGCCAUGUCCUUCUUCGACCCAGAGCCCGACACUCCACUGGCUCGCUCUCUGGUCAAAGUCCUCUCAGGGGCUCAGCAGGAGGUUCCCAAAUGGCUGGAGGAAAUAGCGUUCAGUGCUCAUGGAACAACAGGUUUUAACCCCCGUGGAAAAGUGUUUGCAUCUACAGACUCGCGCAAGGGUGGCUCCUUCAAGACAGAUCGUCAAGAAACGUCUGGUCCGAGCCCAGCCGCUGCUGCCCCUGAAGAUGACGAUGAAUGGGAAUAAUUACUCAUCCACCCAUUUAUUCUGUUAUUUCUUUUAAAGUUUUCAUCAUCUUGUUUGUGAGUUUCUUCACGGCUUCAGAAGGUUUGUUAAAGAGUCGCAUGCUAAAGACUGUAGGUUUGAGCUGAAGGACAGAGAAUCAAGACAAAAUACCAUUUAGCUGUUGGGUUUGAUCUAAUGAUCUUCUUUUUGUCACUUGUUUGGAUUUGAGCACAGCUGGAUAUGUGGAUUUGUUUUGUGAAAUGACGACACAUUUGUGUGUUUCAGCACUUUGCUAAGUGUAUUGAGUUUUGAAAGCAUUUGCCAGAAUGUCCUUUCUACUGUUGUACGUGAAUCAGUUCUGUUAAAUCUUGACAGUUUCCAGGUUUUAUUUUUUUCAAACCUAUUUGUCUCAAGGCCAA